CGGUAGAUAUAGCAGGCCGGGGUUACGGGGUAAAAGCACACUGUCUUGUGCCGCUCAUGUAUAUAGAUCUAUUUUUAGCCCAGCAAAAAGUACAAGUGUAGGUCAUACAUGUAUAUAAAACAUCGGUUUACACGGAUAUAUACAACUACUAAAUUCUAAGUGUACAGACAUACAACACUACUGUGCUUGUCCAUGGUGCCCUAGUUUCGAUACCGACAAACAGCAAUCCUAGUUCCCAAACAGGCAUAUUAUUACCCUAGUUUCGAACAGCUAUCACCAUAAUGGACCUGUUUACAGCAGUGGAGGCGUUCACUCAGAUCAUCACAUAUGUUAUGAUAGUAGCUGGCAUUCCAUCGUGUAUAAGGAUGCUACGGACCAAGGUUACCACGGGUGUUCCCUACCCAUUCUUUCUCGCAGGUUGUGUCAACUCCGUAAUGGCGAUAGGGUAUGGUAUAUUGGUGGAUAACAAGACGGUGAUAGAAAUCAACCUGUUUGCCACAUUCUGCAACGUUUUCUACAUAGGUGCUUUCAUAUAUUCUUCACAAAGCAAGAGUCUUCCAGUGUCACAGUUGCUAGGAUGUUCGUUUUUUGUAUUUGGAACAUAUUUCUAUGUUACCAGACUUGCGAAUCAAGACUAUGUAAUGGAUACUAUAGGAAUGAUUUUGUUAUUCUGUUCAUCAGUACUGCUUCUUACACCAUUAUUACAAGUUAAGGAAUGUAUAGAGAAAAAGAACACCGAUAGUCUUACCCUGACGAUGAUGAUACCGGGUUCUUUGUGUUGUGGUGCGUGGGCAACGUAUGGGGUCCUUCUCAAAGACUUCUAUAUAUACGGUCCAAAUAUCCUUGGUCUGACGUCAUACAUUUGUCAAGCUAUUGCCAUGUUAGUGUAUGGCGGCGGUCGACAGAAAUCCGAACAUACAGAUUAAAGGGAUAAAUCAUACAUGGUUACUAUGGUAACUAGUUGUCUUGUGAGCAACCUGUUCAAAAACAUUUGUUAGUUACAAAUACACCGAUAUACAACUAUUGCUUUGUAUUUUUCUGCUUAUUCAAAAAGACUUUCAGCCCUUUAAAAUUGAUAACAAUUGUGUAGAAAAGCUUUUGAAAUCUUCUUUGCGUACAUUACAAGAUACGUGUUUGUAGCAUUUUCUUGUGGUCCCCUAUCAAGAAUGUACUAGUCGGGUUUUUUUCCGUCUGCCACAAUGCAGCAUUUAUGUACGGAAAACUUUUAAAGAUCUGACAUGGCAUUAGUUUUCUUUAAAGAAAUCUUACGUUGUCAAUAAUAUAUUAAUACAUUGUGGUUUUCUGCUCCUGUGA